AUUCAGAAGAGUUGAAUUUGAAUUUAUUCCUGCUUUGUCACUCUCUCUCUACAAUUCCCUUGUGUUCAUAUGGUUUCUCUCUAUAAUUACGCUCGUUUUCCCAUUUUAAAACCGUUUUCGAUCGAGUUUCUCACGAAAGCUUGAUGUAUUUCGUGUUUUGGUUCUGGAAAUCCUGUCACUCUUUCUCUUUCUAGUAUACGUCUAUGUAUAUGUAUAUGCAUCUGCGUGUUCAUAGAUGUGUGCAUAUAUGAAGUGGUUCUUCUGCUGUAAUUAAAGCGAUAAAUCUGUGCGUUGAGUCAGUUUGAACUGUGGAGUUUCAUAGCUGUCAACUCUGUUGAGGUUGAAAGUGGUAUAAUAAAUUAUUCCGUAUGAACACGAAGGAUAUUUUUCGUCGUUAUCUGCACACGAAGUUCAAAUUGAAAUUUUGAAUUCGAGUUAAAAAUCGUCAACUAAGUUAUUAGUGAAAUAGAUAAAUAACUUAAUUAAUUAUUUUCAGUUUAAUCAUUCGUCACUGUAUUAAGUGCUCUACGCAAGGGGUAACAUGCAGCGCGUGAUACGUAUGGGUCUAGUUUUCAUCCAUUCCAAAGGGAGAGUAACCAAAUUAAAUUAAAUUAAAUUCCUCUUCUGGUCCUGAUUCAGUGCAUCAGCGUAGCGUCAAAGAGAUUCGAACUUCUGCUUUUCUGGAAUUUGUAUCGAAGCGAUGAUGUCAGUGGAGGAGAAUCCGACGUCAUCAUCGGCAUCCUCGACGGUCACGGUAGUACGUAGGGAAGUGGAUCCGUUGCUGAAGGAUCUGAAUGAGAAGAAGCUGAGCUUCAGGCGGAACGUGGUCUCUUUGGCGUCUGAGCUCAAGGAGGUUCGCAACCGCCUCGCUUCCCAAGAACAGUGUUUUGCUCGCGAAACCCUAACUAGACAGGAAGCUGAAACCAAAGCUAAAAUCAUGGAAAAUGAAAUUACUAGAUUGCAGAAAAGCUUAGAGGAGAGAAAUGUCCAGCUUCAGGAGUCAACAUCUGCUGCUGAGAUGUAUGAAAAGGAUCUGAAUGAUCUGAGAUCACAGCUUUCAGCUACUAAAGCUACUGCAGAUGCAAGUGCACGGUCUGCUCAAUCGGCAGAAUCACAGUGUCUGGUGCUUUUGAAAGAUCUGGAAGAGAAAAAUUUCUCUUUAAAGGAGCACGAGGUUCAUAUUAAUAAACUGGGAGAAAAAAUCGAUAUUCUUCAGAAGAAUCUUCAAGCUAGGGAUCUUUCCCAAAUGCAACUGAAAGAUGAAGUCAUGAGAAUAGAGCACGAGAUUAUGGAAGCAUUAGCCAAGGCUGGAGCGAAUAAAGAUUGUGAGCUUAGGAAAAUAUUAGAUGAAAUUUCCCCUAAGAAUAUUGAAAAGAUGAAUAAACUUUUGACUGUAAAGGAUGAAGAAAUCGCUAAGCUGAGAGAUGAAAUAAGGAUUAUGUCUGCUCAUUGGAAGCUUAAAACUAAAGAGCUGGAAUCUCAGUUAGAGAAGCAUCGUAGAGCAGACCAGGAGUUGAAAAAGAGAGUACUGAAAUUAGAGUUUUGUCUACAAGAAGCUCGUGCUCAAACUCGCAAGCUCCAAAGGAUGGGAGAACGACGGGAUAAAGCUUUGAAAGAACUCAGAGAUCAACUGGUGGCAAAACAACCCACGAUUUCCGAAAGGAAGAACUUCUGGGAGACAUCCAGUUUCAAAAUCAUAGCUUCAAUGUCAAUGGUGAUCUUGGUAAUAUUCUCAAAGCGAUAAAACUACUAUGUUAUCUAUAUAUAUUAUUAGUAUUCUACAAUAUGAUUAGACGAUAGAGGUCAAGCUGAGUGAGCAUUGAGGUUUAAGCAGGUUUUGCUCGUAUUUGUAAAAAUGUGCAUACUAGAUGGUCAGCAAAGUCCUAUUUUAUGCCUUGAAUAUUAGAAUGAAGCAGGCAUUAGUAUAAGAAUGAUAUUGACUCUUGGCGUUUUAUUUAUUUAUUUUUCCAAUUUGUGGCUGGUGUAUAUUCA